AUGAAGGGAGGAUCGGCCAGUUCUGGAGGCACAGAUGCUCCUUCAAAUUCUUCUUCUUCUUCUUCCAGAACCAAGAAACCCAAAUAUUCUAAGUUUACCCAGCAAGAGCUUCCGGCAUGCAAGCCAAUUCUAACACCCGGAUAUGUGAUUAUGAUAUUUACUGCCGUUGGUGUCAUCUUCAUCCCAGUUGGUCUCUUUUCAUUAUUUGCAUCAGAAAGUGUGGUGGAAAUUGUGGAUAGAUAUGAUAUUGAUUGUGUUCCUUCUAAUUAUUCCUCAAAUAUGCUUGCAUAUAUCCAAAGCACUGCCACUAACAAGACCUGCACUAGGAGUUUGAAUAUUACAAAGGAAAUGAAAAGUCCUGUUUUUAUCUACUAUCAGCUUGAUAACUUCUACCAGAAUCAUCGUCGAUAUGUUAAAAGUCGAAGUGAAAAACAAUUGCGGAGUAGCAAAUAUGAAAGUGAUACAAAAGACUGUGCUCCUGAGGCCACAUCAAAAGGUUUCCCAAUUGUUCCUUGUGGCCUUACUGCAUGGAGUUUGUUCAAUGACACAUAUGGGUUUUCAGUGAAAAACAAGGCGCUAGAGGUUAGCAAGAAGAACAUAGCCUGGAAAAGUGACAAAGGGCAUAAAUUUGGGUCUGAUGUCUAUCCCAAAAAUUUCCAGACUGGACAGUUGAUUGGAGGUGGAAAACUCAAUUCUAGCAUACCAAUGUUUCUCAUUACUGGUUUGUGUAUGACAGUUGAGCGAACAAGAUGA